AUGUCAACUGCGACAAUUCCAUUAAAACGUAUUACUUUAUAUAAAAAUGAUUUAGGUUAUUUUGAACGAACAACUCCUAGUUCAAAAUUACCAUCACUUAUUCUCGUUGCUAAAAAACAUAAGAAAUUAGUGAUUGAUACAUUAUGUACAACAGCUAGUACAGUAACAUUUGAUACAGAAGAACAUGAUAAAUAUGUUACUGAAAAUACAGUUGAACGUUUUUUUGCUUUUAAUGAUUUUUCAUCAUCAACUUCAUUUGCUAGUUUUCUUAGUACAUGUAUUGGAGCUGAAAUUGCAUUAUCUAUUCAAGGUGAUAACAAAGAACAAUUAGGUAAAUUAGUUAUGCUUGAUGAAAAACCAACAUUACUAAGUCCAAAUUCAACUCAAACAACAAAUCAUUAUAUUCUUCAAGUUUUGAAUAAAGAUGGAUUUAUUCGUCAUUUUGAUCUUGCUUCUAUCAGUGGUAUUAAAUUCACUGAGGUAUAUUUACAAGAACAACUUGAUAAAGUCUUAAAACAAACAUUAAACAAUCAUAAACCAUCAUUAAAUACAACUUCUGGCUAUGUUCGAAUCUUGUUUAAUAGUGAUAAUUUAUUAACAUCUUCAAAUAAACCUAUAACUACUACUACAAAUACUUUUGUUGAAUCAAAUAUACUUAAUGUAUCUCAUUGUUAUCCAACAAAAGAAUGGCGUUGUUUAUAUCGAUGUGAAAUUGAUUCAUCUAUAACAAACAGUAAUACUUCAACAGUUGAUCUAACUUUAUUUGGUUCAAUUAAUAAUCCAACAGAAGAAGAUUGGUCUCAAGUUGAACUCAUACUUGUUGCUAAUGAACUUGAAAUUUUAAAUAAUAAUAAAGCAACAACUACAACUACUAUUAAUCGUGAAGAAACAGAGCGUAAUGACCAAAGAUCAUCGGGUGGUAUGCAAAUUUUCAUUAAAACAUUGACAGGCAAAACAAUUACAAUAGACGUCGAUCCAUCAGCUACAAUUGAAAAUGUGAAAUCAAAAAUUCAAGAUAAGGAAGGUAUUCCUCCAGAUCAACAACGUAUGAUAUUUGCUGGAAAACAAUUAGAAGAUGGAAGAACGUUAGCUGAUUAUAAUAUCCAAAAAGAGUCUACUUUACAUUUGGUACUUCGAUUACGUGGUAGUCCAGCGGAUGAAAGUAGUUCAACUGCUACAAAACGAGGAAAAGGUCUGAAUACUACAAAGGUUGUUGUUGAUGAUGAUGAAAAUUAUGAAUCAAUUGAUUCAAGUCAAAUGAGUGGUCUUAGUGAACAUGUUGUAUAUAAAAUAAAUACACCAGUAACUAUUCGAUCACAUGAAAGUGUUUUAGUUGUAAUUAAUAAAUGGCAAAUAGAUGCACAAUUAGUACUUUAUUAUGAUCCAAAAAUGAAUGAUUUAAAUGCAAUUAAAGCUGUUCAUUUACGAAAUAAUAGUGAUGUUGUUUUAGCACCAGGAAGUAUUGCUGUUUUAGAUAAUGGACGUUUUGUUGCUCAAUGUGCAUUUACACCAAUGUUACCUAAUGAUGAUCAAUUAAUUAAUUAUGGUUUUGAUUCAACUGUAUCUAUUCUUCGUACAACUCCAAUAACACUUCAAGAAGUUCAUACAAAAAGUGUUGAUAUAAUUUAUGCUGAAAUUGAUAAAAUUAAUACAAAUAUUACUCCAACUGGUAUUGAUCUUCAACAAAUUUAUUUAAAACGUACACGUUAUUUAAUUAAAAAUAAUUCUUUAAAUCGUCCAGUAACAAAAUUUUAUAUUGAUCAUGUUGCUGAUCCAUCAUUAGGUGGUUAUGUUGUAACAACACAAAAGAAAUGUAUUAAAUCAGUUAUGGGUUUUAGUCGUUUCGAAUUAAAACUUGAACCACAACAAGAAAUUGAAUUUAUUGUUGAUGAACAAGCAGAACAUAGUAAAAAAAUCUUUGAAGCAUCAGCACUUGAAUCAUUUUUAGAAAAACAAGUUCCUGAACUUCUUCAAUUGAAAUUAAUCGAUGAAAAAACAAUUAAUUUAAUUCAAAAAAUUAUUACACAUAAAUAUGUUCAACAAGUUCUUCGACAUAUGAUUGAUAAUACAAUAACAGAUAGUCAAAUUCGAACAUGGACACCAAAACGAGAUUUACUACCAACAUCAUUAUUUGAUAAAGCUGUUGCUAUUGUUGAUAUUCAACUAGCUUUACGUGAACUUGACAAAACAAUUAAAUCACUUGAAGCACAUAUUAAAUCAAUAUUUGAAAAUCAAGAACGUAUUAGACAAAAUAUAAAAUCAUUAGAAAAAAUUGAUAAAUCUGAUUUAAUGAUACGUUAUUUAAAAGAUUUAAAUACAGAAGAAGAUGAUUUACAACAAACACGACGUGAAAUAAAAACAAUGCAAGAUGAAUAUAAUCAAAAACAACGAGAAUUAGAAGAUAAACAAGCAUCACUUAAACAUGAAGCAAAAGAAAUACAAAAAAAUCAUCGCAUGUAA